GCGACGUACGCGCACGCGCCAAAUACGGCGGGUAAAACGAAAGCUGAUAACACAACCAACCGACAGCCCUUAGCAACCGGUUAGCUUCAUCAAACACAACUCCUGUAUUCAAGACGAGACUGCAGCUGUAUGUUCGUCCGAAGCUGUUUCGUGGAGUUUCUGUAACUUGUGUGCUAGAGACUGAGCGCGUGACAGCUGCAGAGUGAAGCUAGCGUUAGCAUGUAAACAAAGCGCGGACUGGAUGAAUGGAGCACUGACUGACUAACAGUCCUCUGUGUUUGUUUCCUUCACUGCUCUAGACCAGUCUGAACAUGAGCUCUGUCAUGGAGGACCCGACACUUGAGAGGCACUUCAAGGGUCACAGAGACGCCGUCAGCAGCCUGGACAUCAGCUCCAACAGGAAGCAGAUAGCCAGUGGCUCAGUGGAUACGUGUGUCAUGAUCUGGAGCACCAGGCCUCAGAUGAGGGCCUACAGGUUUGUGGGACACAAGGAUGCGGUGACGUGUGUCCAGUUCUCUCCCUCGGGUCAUCUCGUGGCCUCGGCGUCCAGAGACAAGACGGUCCGGCUCUGGGUGCCCAGUGUGAAAGGGGAAUCGAUGGUGUUUCGAGCUCAUACAGGAACCGUGCGCAGCGUGAGCUUCUCCAGCGACGGACAGACGCUCCUCACCUCUUCUGAUGACAAAAGCAUCAAAGUCUGGACCGUUCACCGGCAGAAGUUCCUCUUCUCCCUCAACCAGCACAUCAACUGGGUGCGCUGCGCCAGGUUUUCACCGGAUGGGCGUCUGAUUGUGUCUGCCAGCGAUGAUAAGACAGUGAAGCUGUGGGACAAGACCAGCAGGGAGUGCAUUCAUUCAUUCUGCGAGCACGGCGGAUACGUGAAUCACGCUGACUUCCAUCCCAGUGGCACCUGCAUCGCAGCGGCCUGCACCGACAACACCGUGAAGGUGUGGGACAUCCGCACGCACAAACUCCUGCAGCACUAUCCAGUUCACAGUGCGACGGUGAACAGCCUGUCCUUCCAUCCAUCUGGAAACUACCUGAUCACGGCCUCCAGUGACUCCACGCUGAAGAUCCUGGACCUGCUUGAGGGACGACUGCUGUACACGCUCCACGGCCAUCAGGGUCCGGCCAGCUGCGUGUCCUUCUCGAGGACUGGAGAAUUCUUCGCCUCGGGAGGUGCAGAUGAACAGGUGAUGCUCUGGAGGACUAACUUUGACAGCGUGGAUUACAGUGAGGUGCUGGAGCAGAAAGGAGCUAGAGAUGAGAAAGCUUCGGUUCACAGGAGCUGUAGCCAGCCGUCAGACACACAGGAGUCCGGAGCCGUCGGUGUGUCGUCCCAGAAGAGCAGCCCUGGAGCCGGUCAGCCGGACAGCGUUCCCGCUGUGCUCGCCAGCACCCUCCAGCACAUCGUAGGACAGCUGGACGUGCUCACACAGACGGUGGCCAUUCUGGAGCAGCGACUGACUCUGACUGAGGAUAAACUGAAGGAGUGUAUGGAGAUGCAGCGUCGGUCCGUCUCUGAGAACUGAUGCAACCAUCUACUGGAGCUACAGCUACCUCACUGUCACCUCCUCAAACAGUUUACAGCUCACAAACCACUGUUAAAACUGCAUUCUCAUCCCAACAUGUGUAUGUUAAAGAGCCACCGUGAUAAGAGAGAAUUGAAUGCCUGAGAGUCUGUGUUAUUUGGAGGCAGACGUUUGUGUUGUUUUGCAGUAGCAGCAGUGUGAGGAUGGACGUGCUGCAGGCCGCAGCAUCAGCUCUACUGUAAUCCAACCUUAAACCACAAACUGAAACUCAUACUUGGCUAAAAUCUGAUAACAUGAAGCCUUUUUUUCUGUACUUGCUAGAUAAGUAGUAUGCAUUUGUCCUGUUUUACAUAAAACUUGUCAAUUUUUUA